AUGGCGGACGAAGAAGAGCGCAUCAAGGCCGAGAAGCUGGCUGCCGCUAAGAAAAGGGUGGCUCAGCUUCAGAAACAAAAGAAAAAGGCCAGCAAGAAAGCAGCAAACUCUACCGAGCCCACAAAAGAGACAGACACGCCCAAAGACACAGAGCCCGCGCCUGAUGCUGCGCCUGAUGCUGCGCCUGAACCGGUUCCAGAAGCGGCCCCCUCGGUGGGCAGCCCGGCGGAGGAGAAACCACUAGACGAAACGCCAGCAAACACGACGACCUCAGAGCAACCAGCAGAGGAAGAAAUCCGAGACGAUUCGAACGAGGCGCCAGACUUGAGCGAAUUGCCUACCGAGCCGAUGCCCCCCGCUCCUACAUUAUCCGAGGGAGAGACUCAAUCACCACCUGCCCAUUUAGACAAUGACACCCCAAGAGCUGGUCACGCUCGCCAGCCCUCGCUGUCGAUUCAGUCGAAACUACGAUCCUCCUCAUUCCGCAAGACAUCAAUCUCUCACGGCGGCCCUUCACCACCAGCCCUAAAAUCACCACCGCAGCCCUUGCCUCCUCUGACUGGAGAUGGCGAGUCCGUUCACGAAGUAUUCCGAAAGCAGUCAACGAAGAUUGAGGAGCUGGAGGCAGAUAGAAAGAGGCUGGAGAAAGAGCUAUCGGAUGCAACUGCUCGUUGGCGGAAGACGGAGGAUCAACUGGAGGACCUGCGGGAGGCUAGUGUUGACGGGGCAGAGCUGAAAGACAAGCUGAGACAGGCAGAGGAGAAGGCUGCAAGCAUUGACGCCUUGCAAUGCGAGCGUCUCAGUUCCUGCACCUUCACAAUCGCCGCCGCGGAUCUUGUGCGACAGCUGGAGUCCAAGUCUGCCACAAUUGAGUCCAUGGAACUCGAAAUUUCAAACCUGCGCGCUCAAGUAGCAUCAUUCACAUCCUCAAGUGACACCCAUGAGACACAGGUUGCUGCACUUGAAACUAAGCUCGCAAAGACGCAAGAGACGCUUGGGAAAACUCAACGGGAACUCGAUGAUACGAAGCAGGCCUUGACUCGCGCCUCAGAAAAAGCCGUGAAGGAAGGGGUGGAUAAGACAUCUACGGAAACGCUGAUCAAAUCCCUUCAGCGCGAGGUCGACGAAUUGAAAAACGAGAAGGUCGAGAGUGAGAAGAAAAUCGAAACUUUGGACAAGAAGUUAGUGGCACUUGGGAACUUGCACAAAGAGUCAGAAUCUCGACAUCAGACGCGCCUGCGUGAGAGCGAAAAAGCCGAAAAAGAGACCGCUGUGUUACGCAAAAAGCUGGCUGCCGUGGAGAAUGAAAACCUCCGUCUCAAUGAAGAGCUCGACCGCAUGCGCAAGCGCGAUGGUGGCGGUACAGAUGAUGAUGCACUUGAUGAACUUGAAGAUGAAGAGCGCCAACGCCUGGAGCGUCGCAUUCGAGAACUGGAAGGCGAGAACUUUGACUUGCGUCGUGGUGUAUGGCAGGAGAGACGUUCCGAGCUGGCGGGCCAUCAGCACACAGGCGAUGGUCUGGCGGGCUCUGGCGACGCUGGCGUCAACGCCUUUGACGAUGUCGAUCUAGUCGGAGGUCAUCCCGAUCAUUCUCGACGCCGAAGCAUGGCUAUGCAGCAGCAGCAUUCGUCAUUCACCGACGUAAUAUCAAGUGGCCUUGCCGCCUUCGCGGGUGGUAAUCGUGCACGGGCGGGCUCCAGCAACCCGCCGCGCCCCCACGGACCCGCUACCCAUGGAAGCUUGGAGCUGCUCUCGGAGGAAAAUCUGGAGGACGAAUUUGACGAGGCUGAGUUUGCGCGUGCCCAGGCUGAAGAGGAGGCUCGGAAACGAGUGGAGUGGGUACGUGAGGUGAAGCGCAAGUUGCGUGACUGGCAGGGCUGGCGCUUGGAUCUAGUUGACAGUCGUGCUGGUGCGGAAGGCCCAGGCUUAGCCUUGGGUCAGGUCUUUGAGGUUUAG